AUGGCAUUGGAGUUCCCGGGCUUGCAGCCGCCGCCGCCGCCUCGUCAAGUACCCCAAGCGCUCCUUCUUCCGGGAGCAGCAGCAGAGAAGGCGAAGCGCCCGGAGGGGGCGAGGCAGAUGGGGCUCAAGGCUCGCAGGGCGGCGGGGGCGGCCGGCGGGGGCGGCGGCGAAGGGGGCGGCGGAGGUGGCGGGGCCGCUAACCCCGCUGGAGGGGAUUCAGCGGUAGCCGGCGACGAGGAGCGGAAAGUGGGGUUGGCGCCAGGAGACGUGGAGCAAGUCACCUUGGCGCUAGGGGCCGGAGCCGACAAAGACGGGACCCUGCUGCUGGAGGGCGGUGGCCGCGAAGAGGGGCAAAGGAGGACCCCGCAGGGCAUCGGGCUCCUGGCAAAGACACCCCUGAGCCGCCCAGUCAAGAGGAACAACGCCAAGUACCGGCGCAUCCAAACUUUGAUCUAUGACGCCUUGGAGAGACCGCGGGGCUGGGCGCUGCUCUACCACGCGCUUGUGUUCCUGAUUGUCCUGGGAUGUUUGAUUCUGGCCGUCCUUACCACCUUCAAGGAGUAUGAGACUGUGUCUGGAGACUGGCUGUUGCUGCUGGAAACAUUUGCUAUUUUCAUCUUUGGAGCUGAGUUUGCUUUGAGGAUCUGGGCUGCAGGAUGUUGCUGUCGAUACAAAGGCUGGCGUGGGCGGCUAAAGUUUGCCAGGAAGCCCCUGUGCAUGUUGGACAUCUUCGUGCUGAUUGCCUCUGUGCCAGUGGUUGCCGUGGGAAACCAGGGCAAUGUCCUGGCCACCUCCCUGCGAAGCCUCCGCUUCCUGCAGAUCCUGCGCAUGCUUCGAAUGGAUAGGAGGGGUGGCACCUGGAAGCUCCUGGGCUCGGCUAUCUGUGCCCACAGCAAAGAACUCAUCACUGCCUGGUACAUCGGCUUCCUGACACUCAUCCUUUCUUCAUUUCUUGUAUACCUGGUGGAGAAAGAUGUGCCAGAGAUGGAUGCCCAAGGAGAGGAGAUGAAAGAGGAGUUUGAGACCUAUGCAGAUGCUUUGUGGUGGGGCCUGAUCACACUAGCCACCAUUGGCUAUGGAGACAAGACACCUAAAACCUGGGAAGGACGUCUGAUUGCUGCCACCUUUUCUUUAAUCGGUGUCUCCUUUUUUGCCCUUCCAGCAGGUAUCCUUGGCUCAGGACUGGCACUGAAGGUUCAGGAGCAGCACCGUCAGAAGCACUUUGAGAAGAGAAGGAAGCCAGCUGCUGAACUCAUCCAGGCUGCCUGGAGAUAUUAUGCUACCAACCCCAACAGGAUGGAUCUGGUGGCAACCUGGAGAUUUUAUGAAUCAGUUGUCUCUUUCCCAUUCUUCAGGAAAGAACAACUGGAAGCAGCAGCCAGCCAAAAGCUGGGUCUCUUGGAUCGGGUUCGCCUUUCUAAUCCUCGUGGUAGCAAUACUAAAGGAAAGCUAUUUACCCCUCUGAAUGUAGAUGCCAUAGAAGAAAGCCCUUCCAAAGAGCCAAAGCCUGUUGGCUUAAACAAUAAAGAGCGUUUCCGCACCGCCUUCCGCAUGAAAGCCUACGCUUUCUGGCAGAGUUCUGAAGAUGCUGGGACAGGCGACCCCAUGGCAGAAGACAGGGGUUAUGGGAAUGACUUCCUCAUUGAAGAUAUGAUCCCCACCCUAAAGGCUGCCAUCCGAGCUGUCAGAAUUCUACAGUUCCGUCUGUAUAAAAAAAAAUUCAAGGAGACAUUGAGGCCUUAUGAUGUAAAAGAUGUGAUUGAGCAGUAUUCCGCUGGACAUCUUGACAUGCUUUCCAGGAUAAAGUACCUUCAGACAAGAAUAGAUAUGAUUUUCACCCCUGGACCUCCAUCCACUCCAAAACAUAAGAAGUCUCAGAAAGGGUCAGCAUUUACCUACCCAUCCCAGCAGUCUCCAAGGAAUGAACCAUAUGUAGCCAGGGCAGCCACAUCAGAAACUGAAGACCAAAGCAUGAUGGGGAAGUUUGUAAAAGUUGAAAGACAGGUUCACGACAUGGGGAAGAAGCUGGACUUCCUCGUGGACAUGCACAUACAGCAUAUGGAGCGCCUGCAGGUACAUGUCACUGAAUACUAUCCAACUAAGGGGGCCGCCUCCCCAGCAGAAGGGGAGAAGAAAGAAGACAACAGGUAUUCUGAUUUGAAAACCAUCAUCUGCAACUACUCAGAGACAGGCCCCCCCGACCCUCCUUACAGCUUCCACCAGGUGCCCAUCGACAGAGUUGGCCCUUAUGGGUUCUUUGCACAUGACCCUGUGAAAAUGACCCGAGGGGGACCCAGUUCUACAAAGGCUCAAGCCAACCUUCCAUCCUCCGGAAGUACAUAUGCAGAGAGGCCCACAGUCCUGCCCAUCUUGACUCUUCUGGACUCAUGUGUGAGCUACCACUCUCAGACAGAACUUCAAGGCCCCUAUUCGGACCAUAUCUCACCCCGCCAGAGACGCAGCAUCACUAGGGACAGCGACACACCUCUGUCCCUCAUGUCCGUCAACCACGAGGAACUGGAGCGGUCUCCGAGUGGCUUCAGCAUCUCCCAAGACAGAGAUGAUUAUGUAUUUGGCCCCAGUGGGGGUUCGAGCUGGAUGAGGGAAAAGCGGUACCUGGCUGAAGGAGAAACGGACACAGACACAGACCCCUUCACGCCCAGUGGUUCCAUGCCCAUGUCAUCCACUGGGGAUGGUAUUUCAGAUUCCAUAUGGACCCCUUCCAACAAGCCCACUUAGAAGGGGUCACUGGCUGACUCCUGGUACUGUAGACAGACUUUGUACAGCUCACUUACUCUCACACCUAGCGCUUACAGUGGGGACUCCAAUGGCUGUGUCAGGCGCAUGCAUGUGCACAGUGGCCCCCCUGCAAGCAGGGGCUUCUCACAGCCUUCUUCCUCCCCAUGUCACUGCAACAAAGUCGCUUCCUUUUCAGCAUGGUUUGCAUGACUUGACACUAUAUAAAAGGCACUGUUAGUCUCUUCUAGAUACACAUUUAUCUGCUCUUCUUCCUUUUAAUCACGAUUGAACAAGUACAGGGAGACUUAUUGAUGAGCUGUGCUAUUUGUUUGGUUGGCUGGUUUGGGUUUUGAUUCGGAUAAACUGAGAGCAUAGUUUAAGUUAUUUCUGGGCUCAUUUCCCCUCUGUGUAAAAUGUUCCAGUUAAUUUACUCUUUUUCUAAAGCAAGGAAAUAAUUUUCUCAACCAAAACAUACUGCAUUACAAUGAGGCUGUCCUCCAAGCAAACAGGAGAACAGGAACAAGAUAGUCAUUCAAAACCCCAAAGCCAAGAUUUCAAAAAAUUAUUUCACUGAAGGAAGGCUGGCAAAAUUAUUUCAAAGCUCUCAAGGGGACUUAGUCUACCCGUUGUUCAGUAUUGUGCCUCAGUUUUCCUGUCUAUGAGAUGUUGGUGAUCCAAAAUAUAAUAUCCCAUGUGUUAUGGACUGGUGAAGAGAAAUCUUACACAUCUACCACAAACAUUUAAAAAAAGUUUCCAAUUUAAGUAGCCAAAGAUAAUAAAAUUUACCAGAAGUGGGGUGGUCUUCUAGGCAGGAGCUAAAUUUGAUGUCUUAAGAUGAAAUUCCAACUCAUUCUUCUACCUUGACUAUACUUGAAUCCAAAAUGGAGAUUAGAAUCAAGAGCAAUCAUCUUUCCUUGUCCUCUAUUUCAAAGUGAGAUGUUUUGGGCCCAAGGCAAAUGACAUGCCUUUAGAUGCUUGGUAGUCCUGUGGAGAGGACUCAAAACCUCCACCUGAGGACUCAUUCCUUGCCCCAGACUCCCCUCACACUGUCCCAUUUGCAUACUUGGAUCCAGAAAUCAUGCCAAGUCACCAGCACUCUUUCUCCAUGGGAUGUAAUCCCCAGUCUUUACUCAAAGGGAGAAGAAGGAUGUCUGCUUUGACUGCAAAGCGUGCUUACUUGAUGCUUUAGAAGUGGGAUCCAGGAUGGGGAAUGCAAAUUAGUCAUAAAUAUACAAAUAGGAAGAAUUCCCAGAAUCACCCAAUUUUAUUGUCCAGAUUUUCUCAACGAAAAUACUAGAACCACACAAAAUCAUAAGAGCUCCUGAGGUAACAACCAACAGCUUAGAAAGUCCUGCCCUGCUGCAGAAGGAUUGAUGUUAAGCACAAGCCACCAUGUGGCCUAUUGGAAAAUGUUGCUACUUGCUGAAAACCAAGGAAAAAGUUAGACUCUGGUUACUUUUUGUGGAUCACUACACCAUGGUAUUAGUGUCUCAGUCAUUUCAUGCCUCUAAACACGUGUUUUAAAAUGGUUGCCAUGGUGACCAUCAAAACGAUGGAAAUACCCUAAGUCUUUGAAUACAGCUCUAACCAGUGCUAUUGCUGUGUUGUCAAGAGCCAUAAAUAUCAUGACAGAUACCUAGUUGAUGUUUUCAUCAAUUCCCAAUGCUAGUAUUCUACCCUGUGUUGGGGAGACUGGUUUCUUAUAAUCUACAUGCUGAUUGGUUCUGUAUAAAGUGCUAAGAAUACAGUAAUGAUGAAAGUUUGUCCCCUGAUGAUAGGAACUUAAGCCUUCAGUUCCAUAAAUUAUGUCAAGCACUGUGAAGUGGCAGAGGAAUAGCUUUCUUGGACAGUAUCAUGAAUGGAUAUUUGGAUAGUGACCUUUAAGUCCAAGGCAAGUGAUACAUUGAUACAGUCACACACAUUUGAGGUAAAGUAUUUCUGAUGGUUUUCAGUUGAUUUCCCUGGCAAUCUGAAAGACAAAGGCUGUGGACCUUUCCCUCGGUUCUUUCAAUAUGACUUCAGUCGUGCCAUUGUGGCUAUAAUCUAAGAAAACUGAAACCUCUUCUUGAAUCUGCUCUUCCUAUAAUUUUUUUUCCACCAGAAAUAGAUGCCCUACCUAGCACCUAACAUAUGCUGUUCUUUUUAUGUGCAUGAGUUAUCAGAAACAAAAAUGAUGGAGAAUAAUAUGUGCCACUUGGUUUUCCCUAACAUUAACAUUCUUUCACAACCUCCUAGCAUUGGUAUGUUACAUUCCGAUGCAUUUUUUUUCAGGAGUUCAAAUGGGGAUCUUGGCCAAGAAUUCUUUGAACUGGAAUUUGCAUUAUUUUCCAAGCAGGCUCUAAGUGAGUAGUCCUGCUUUCCUGGUGAUUCAGUAUCAGAGUGGCAGGAAUUAGUUUUGAUUGCCAAGCUGGCUGUGUUUAGUCAGUUGUCUGUAUCAGCCAAACACAUAUUUCAUAAAGGAUGUGUACUAACGGCUCUAAGAGCUGCUUGUUCACAUCUAAGAAAACAAACAGAAGAAAGAGAAUAAGAUAAUCUGGAAUUCUGUUGAAAUAU